UCAUCGAUACCAAUCGUGACAGGCAGAACAACUCUUGGCUCUUUCUGUGCCAUUCUUGCUUGUCGGUGCGCCGUCAGCCAUUUCCGUUGUGGAAAAGAAAAAGGCUCCUUUGAUUGUAUUGUAAAAAAGCUGAGUUGGGUUGGGAGUUUGCCGGCUCGCUCCUUGGAAUUCCGCGCACAUGCGAAAUCCGAGGAUGAGGAGGGGGGUUCUGGCCCGCUCCAGUGAGUCCAGUCGGCUCGACGCGGACACUGGGAGGGGCGGGGCCAGAGCGGCUCGAUCCCGCAGCCGCGCGGUCGCUCGUCUAUUCAUCACAGGAACCAGUUUCCACCAUCCGCGACCUCCAUCAUCCAAGGACGACCGCCACGGCACGGCACCGAGCCUCAUCCUUCGGGCCGCAUGACAGCGCUACGCUUAAGUGUUUACAACAACGUGGAGCCUUUGGAUGGGCUCGGGAUCUGCCAGGACUCCUUUUCGGUGUCCAUAUUCUCAGCGCCUUACGGACGGGAUAAUCCUACCCCGAACACGCUCGUCAGUUGCUUCAUGAUGAAGAUCGACGGCAGCCUGAGCGCGCCGCAGCCGCCCGAGUCCUUGUCCCAGGCCGGCCUUCAGUUCACCGUGGCCACCGAGGAGGACUUUGACGACAUCAUGGCCAUAAGCCAGGACAUCUACGGAGGCCUGGACUACCUGCCCACCAGGUACAGCAGCUGGCUGCAGGAAACCAACCGCACAGUCAUCCUGGCACGAAAACAGGGAAAAGUGAUUGCCCUGGAGUCGGUAUGCGUGAUUGACGAAGGCGAGACCAUGCUGGUGGAGGGUCUCCGCGUCGCCCCCCAGGAAAGGGGCAAGGGCGUGGCGGGAGUCCUGCUGCGCUUUUGCUGCGAGCUGGUCAAGUCCAAAUACCCCGAGGUGAAAGUCACCCGCCUGACCCGCGACGAUCAGCUCGGGCCCAAGGACUUCCAGAAGUAUCGCGUCGUAACCAAGCAGGGCAUCCUACUGGUGCGUUUCCGAGCCGAGGACCUCAAGCGCCGGCUUUCGGACCUCGGCGGAGGAGAAACCCAGCCGGAGUCCGCCUCGUUGCCAAACGCGCCCCCGAUCCGUCUGGACCGGGGCGCCGCCCGUCGGCUCUUUCUGGCUAGCGACUCGAUGCGGGGGGUCCUCCCGAACGCCACCAUCAUUCAAGAUUGGCAGCCUUUCAAGCCCGUGCCCGGUAACAUGGCCAUCCUGAUGAAAAAAGAUAUCGACUGGAUGGUGGAUGACGCAUCCGAGCCGAGCGUGGGAAGCCUGUGUACUUUCCCCUUUAGGGUCCCCAUUGGAGAAGACUGGUACUACCUGAACAUCGACAUGUUUGGCAAAGACCUGGAUCUGGUCCGCCAGCAGUUCCUGAGCCACCUGCAGCGCCACACGGCCACCUUGAAGGGUCACGUCAUGUGCCAGAUGUUCCUGGACCCGCCCUUGUGGAAGCCCAUGGCUGACUUUUGCUGCGACGCCCUGAGCGUGGAGCUGGUGAAGGAGUACACGGAGCAAUGCGUGGUGGAGUCCGACGUCAUGUAGUCGAGAAGGUCAAGGGAAUGGACGCGGCCAGUUUGCGAUGUUGAGGGAAUGGAGAUCAAACUGACGAACUCUACUAGAUAAGCACCGCACGUCUACGCCCUAUCGUGUGACGCCAAUAGUUAUAAGAAGCAGUAUUUGAUGUUUUUUUUUUUUCUUCAUAGCAAGUGGAUGACUGAGCGGUUGAUUGUUUUUUGUAACCCCAUAAGCUCACAUUGAUUGAGGUUGAGAGUCGUGCGUCGCACAGUACUGCAUCAGUGGAGGCCCUCUCCUCUCUAAAUCGUGACAUCGCAACAGUGCAAUCGGCUUACGAGUACGCGCACAUCUCUGAAGGCACUUUAAAUUCACUUUCGAGAGAAUCUACUAAGAUCAAACUGACAUCCAUUAUCUGCUGCGUGACUGCUCUUAACUGUAAAUAUAUAUACGCCAGUAUGUUACUAAUUCACCAUUUUUGCCAACUGCAAAAACAAACUCUUUAAGCUGCGUGUGACGUGUUUUUCUUUGUAGGCGGCUAAUCUGACGGCAAACCAAACAAAUGCUUGAAAAAGGGUGUUAAUGAUCACAAGUAGGAUAAUGGAUGAUCUAAAAUGCAAUCUCGAAUACCUCAUGUUCAUGUGGUUGUUUCGCAAAGCACCCUGACGAGAAGAACGACAUUUGGAUGUUGAAGAAUGGAAACGCCAAGAGUUCUUGAUACUAUUGUUUCGCUUCAUAUUUCAAGUAUGACCACAGACAUACUCUUGGAACACACGACCUCGGCGGUCACGAGAAGAGAGAUAUUUUCAGUAUUUUUCUCGGACCUCUUGUCCGAAAGUGUCAAUGACUUUUAAGCCACUGGACCGGUUUAUGACGAAUUGACAGACACAUACAGUACUGUCACCGUCUCAUCAAAGGUAUGCGGUCCAUCUCAAUGCUUUUCAUGGAAAGUUUAAAAAUGAUAUUUUGGGAGUAUUUUAGCUCAUACAAACGUAUGAAUUCACAUACGCUCGUUCAGGGAGGCUCACAAAUUGAACUUCGGUUUUAACCAAAGAAGGUCACAAAUCAUUUGAAGAACUGACUCGACGUGGAUGCUAGAUCAGGGGUCACCCGCGGGCGCCAGGUCGCCCCCAAGGACCACACGAGUAACCCCUGGGCCUGUUCUAAAAAUGGCUCACCAGUGAUGGGACAUUGUGAUUUCCUAGGAAAGCUGUAGAAGUCGACAUUUGGGAAAAUGUAAAUUAUCGGUUUCCUACCUUGUUAAAUCGUUGUGAGAAAUCGUUACCGUGAUCAGUGUCUUCACAUAGAUGAAGAUCAAUAGUUAUUCGAGAUGAUAACAAUUCAAAAGGUCAUUUCAACACAUUUGUAAUCCGUAACAGAAAGAAGCGGCUCCCGGUUUCAAAAGGGUCGCCAACCCCCGCACGAGAUCUCGUUCGGCUGCGAAAUACACCACCGAGCCCAAAUAUACAUAACAGCGAUGAUCAGAUGUAGUCCAACGAGAAUGAGCUACACCUUGAAAUGUAACCAACGAUCUCACAUUAUUUUGCUUCUGUGAGGAAAACAAUGUUGUCGUUUUUUUGAAUAUGCUCUCCACUCACAUAUGACUUGGGAGAUAUCGAACCCCGAUUGACCCUUUAUGCAAGUGCCAUACUCGAACGAACUAUUUUCUCAAUCCUAAUAUGAAAAGUGUGCCGUUGCAUACAAACACUGACACUGCUGUGUGUGACCCUACGGCACUUUGCUCAAUCUAAUAAUGGUACACACGGACUACUAUAUUGACUCUGUGUGUGUGUGUGUGUGUGUGUGUGUGUGUGUGUGUUUAACCAAGCCAUUGCGUUGUCAUGCACUUUAGUAGUCCGUGGCAAUAACGUCGGAGUAGCAUCUUUACCUUCAGUUUGUCAUCUCGCAGGAGUGCAGACGAGCCCUGAAGAAACAACAGGAGGAUGUUGUCAUGACUGACGCUCGCUCGUACAUUAUACAUAUACGGUACAUACGUUGUAUUUUUGGAAGCACAUAUUUAACAAGACUAUACUGUGUAACAGACUGGCUAAGGUGACAUGCAAACUACGACCCGUGUUUAGAAUCGAGUUGUCUCGUGUGUGUACUUUUGAUGUAGUGACGGAUGCCGUGGAAAAGCGGGAGCGUUUGGGGGAGAGCAUGAAAGAAAGCUUCCUUCCUCAUCGAAGUCUUUUUCAAGAUGACUAACUUGGCUGUGUUUUCUUUGAAUCGUUACAUCGGACUGCUGAAAAGCCACCAGCAUCGACAUGACGUGCUCACGGCUCGAUGCCGCUCGAGUCAACCGUCGCUUCAGUUUGAUAGAGUCGUGUAUUUUUGAUAGCCUCGUGGACCUACGGUAUAUUGGGAUAGUUCAUGUUCAAACCUCCUGUCUUGAAAUAAACCCCGUCUGAUCCUU